UAAGAACCUUACACAUUUCUGGACACCUACCUAAGCGACACCCGAGCGUCCAUUCCGCAUUCGUUCUUCUGUUAUGUUCACCACAUAGCCCUUCUGUGGCCGUUUAUCGACAUUAUGGCUGCAUCAUAGCUCAAAUUAUAGGUUAGCGAUACAGAAUUUUGCUGCCCGGCGCUCUCGCCCGCCACCAUCGACAGCUCGCGGCCUGCACUCCGCAACGGCGAUGGCAGCCCUCGGAGGCAGUCAUAAAGGCCUUGUACACUCGCGGUCAGCGCUCAUGACCACGCGGAGCAGCCGAUUGACUGGCGGCCCAGCGAUGCCGUGGCGACUGGGGUGUGCCAGCGGGGCUGCUGCGCUCCUGCACCGCCCCAUCGCACGACUGCCCCAGCCCUAUGCCCCCCAGCCAGCACUAGCCAUGGCCGCACUCAGAACCGCAGCAGCACCAGCGUUCCCAUCCGCGAGCACAGCGCCAUCCCAACCGGCACGGCGCUGCACAUCUGCAGCCCAACCCACAGACACAAUUUAUACAACGCGGCACGCGGCACCAGCGCCGCGGCCCCUGCCCCGAGCAUCCUCCGUUGUAGCACGCGCAGCCGGCGGCGGCGCCGGCGCGCUGCCGCCGUACAACAACAAUCUGUACGGUGCGCGGCGGUACGGCUCUCCCGCCAACCGGCCGCAGCCGUGGCAGGCUGUCGCGGCUGUGUGUGCGGUGGCGAUGCUGCUGUGCAACUUCCACCGCUCUGUGUUCACGGCGCUGCUGCCGCUGGUGGCGGACCAGCUGGCGCUGUCGCACGCCGAGGUGGGCCUGGCGCAGUCGGCCAUGUUGUGGGGCUACCUGGCGGGACAGAUACCCGCCGGCAGGCUGUCGGACGAGCAUGGCGGCGACCGGGUGCUGCUUAACGGUCUGGCGCUGUGGUCCGCCGCCACCGCCACCACCGCCGCCGCCGCGGCCGCCGCCAACACGUCGGCGCUGUGGGUGCUGCUGGCGGCGCGGGUGGCCAUGGGCGGCUUCAGCUCCGUCAUCAUGCCGGCGGUGUCGGCCGCCUGCGCGCAGUGGGUGCCGCCGGAGCGCAAGGCCGCGACGCUGGCCAUGAUCUACGCGUUCUUCAACAUGGGCGGUGUGCUGGGCCUGGUGGCGGCGCCGCUCAUGGCGGCCCGCAGCGGCUGGCCCGGCGCCUUCAUCACCGCGGCGGCGGGCGGUGUGCUGUGGUCGGCUCUGGGCAGCUUCGUGAUCGAGCGGUCGGGCGCGAGGCCCAAGCAGCCGCCAGCAGCAGGAGCUGGAGCUGGGGCAGCAGGAGCAGGAGCGGCGCCGGCGCAAGGGGCAGCAGCGCCUGCGGCGGGGGCGGCGGCGGCCGCCCCAGCGGCGGCAUCAGGCGGGGCGGGGGCUGUUGUGCUUGGACGGCGGGAAACAGCCAUUCAGGUCGCUGCUCUGUGCCUGUGCCACGGCGUGAUCGGCUGGGGCUUUUUCGUGCUGCAGUCCUGGCUGCCCAUGUACCUGCAGUCGCUGGGGGUGCGAGACCUGGCCAGCGCGGGCCUGCUGUCCUCGCUGCCCUGGCUGGCCGCCGCCUUCACGGCCACACUGGCGGGCGGCACCGCGGACCGGAUGGUGCGGGCGGCGGGCGGCGAGCCAGGCCGCCGGCUGGAGGUUCGGCGCCUGAUGCACACGGUUUCCACACUGGGCUGCGCCGCGGCCAUGCUGCCGCUGGCGGCGGGCGCGGGGCUGGGCUGCGCGGGCGGCGGCUGCGAGGGUGGGCUGCCGCCGCUGGUGGCCACGGCCUGCCUGGUGGCGGCGGUGGGGUGCUACGGCUUCAGCUUUGGAGGCUUUCACGCCUACGUGCAGGACGUUGCCUCCGCCGACGCCGGCGCGCUGCUGGGGCUCACCAACACCGCCUCCAUUCUGGGCGGCAUCGCCGGCAACAUAGCCACCGGGCUGCUGCUGCAGGCCACGGGCGGCUACGAGGGCGUGUUCCUGGCGGCGGCGUGUCUGUACGGCCUGAGCUGGGCCGUGUUCAUGGGCGUGCUGAGGGGGCAGCCCAUACGGCUCAAGGCGCUGGCGUAGCGGCAGGGGCAGGAGGUGGCGGCGGCGGAGCUUGGCGGUGGUGGCAGCGGCAAGUGGAUUGGAGUGCGGGUGUGUGCGCGAGUGCGGUGAGAGUGUGAGCCGCAGGCGGCUUGUGGCGGUAUCAGGCCACAGGCAGCGGCGGGCAGUGCGCUUCGGCCGGAGCAGCAGAGCGGGAGGAAUCGGGCGGGGCACGUGCUGCGUGGAGGCGUCGGGCGCCGCCCCGGACAUCCAAAUGGCACCAUGCACACUGCGGCCGCCGUCGCUGGAGGGCGGCCAGGGACCGGCGGCAAUGGCAGUGGCAGCGGAGGUCGCGGAGGCAGGCAACCGGGGGUGGUCGCAGCGGCACACAGCUAGCCAGCUAGGGUGGGCUUGUGGCAGCCUCAGGCGCCGCCAACGCCGCAGCCGCAGUCGCCUGAGGGAUUUGGCCGCCAAAGCCACCCUGGCAACACUUGCGGCGGCAGGAAUGUGUCACCGCCAGUGCGCUGCCGUGCUAUGCGUUAUGGAUAGCUAGAAGCGCAUGGGCCGGUCGCAUCAUUCUUGGGUAUGGUGGCCGGCACAAUGCGUGUGCGCCUGCGCUUCGGCAGCGGCGGCGGCGGCGGGCUAGUAAGUACGGGUGGGUGGCGACAUACGUAGCGGGACGCGGUGGGGCGUAACAGCGCGGUGUGAUCAAGCAGGUACCGCACGGAUCACCCAUGCCAUAGCGGCAUACCGGGUACCUGGCGCCCCGCCCGUUGCACAUCAGACGGUGUGUGCGUCAGAGCAGUGCCUUUAUGCUGACUGGUUUACGAUGAAUUGUAGGCGGUGCAGCAGCAGCAGCAGCAGCAGCAGGUGCACUUGGGUGCGGCUGUUCCGAGCGCGGUGCGGAGCUAGCUGGCGUAGCGGCCAAGCGCACAUGCAUGUGAGCAGGACGUGCUAUUAAGUAUAAGAUGUGCUGGUAUUGAGUGGCUGCGUGAGCAUGAGACGCACGUACGGUUCGGGGGGGGGGGUGCAUGAGGCAACAAGACAUGGCGAGGCGCGUGGCGAACAGGUGCUGCUGAGGGCCAUGUAUGGAUAGUUGAUUGAGGUUGUCUCGUUGUGGACUUGACUGCAGCAGAGCCAGGUACGUAGCCGCCGCAGCCGAAGGAGGGAGGGUAGCUGCAGGGCAGAGGGGCGCGGGUGCAAGUGCAGGUUCGGCGAUGGCAGACCCGCCGGUGGUAUUGCCGCAGCCAUUUCUAUGCAAGCGGGUUGCUCCAAUGGUUGCUCGCAUCACCCAACGGCCAGCGCCGCACUGCUGGUUGGCACUGGCUCAAGCAAGUUGGAAGCGAUGGUGGGAGAGCCCUACCGUCUGGCUGCAAUGAUGGGACACGCCGAGCAACGAUGAAGGCCGCGCAUAGCUACACACGAAUUCGCUCGAGGUCAUGGGUUCGACUCCCAUACACCCCUCCGAUUUCGUUCGGAAUGAAUAGACUACGGACAUGCAGUGAGCUGGACGAGUUUAGGCCUUAGUUGAUUUGGCUGGAUUCAGUCCGGAAGGUUUGCUGCGGAAUAAAUCGAGUAGUUCUGAUUGGUCGGGUGAUGGAGCAGGGUCCUAGCACUCGUUGUUAGGAGCAGAACCGGAGGUAAAUGGAGCUCUUACGAGAGCAAACCUACUACUAGAGUAGGGCGUCGGCGUUGCAGGUGGCAUGUCCCUGAUGUCCAGAGCAGAUGUCGCUCGCGACUCGCGUCAGCAAGUCCCUCUUGUAACCAAUGCAAUCU